GGACGGACUGCAUCACCUGUUUGCUCUCAGGGACACCUGAGCCUCUGAUCUGGAAGCGGUCACCUGACACCGCGCACGAGCAGGCGCGCGCACGGACAGUCCGCUCUUCCGCUCCUCCUCACAGCGCGCCGAGCAGCUUCCCUCCAGCCGAAGGACCUCCUGCAGGAGUCAGAGUCAGUGGAGCUCAUGGGUCUUCUCAUCACCGCGGUUCUGCUGUGGGCCGCCGCGUGCGGAGCGGGAAGCAGACCUGCAGCAUCACCUCUCCACGAUGCAAAGGUGGAGUGUGUGAUCCAGGAGGCUCUGAAUGAAGAUGGCCUCCAUCAUGACUGUGGAGCAGAGCUAUCAGAGGAACUUGGUGAAGCGCAGAGACAUCAGGGUCUCCUCAGAGAGCUGCAGAAGCUGGCUGAUGAUGAGAGAGCAAAAGAACGGAGGUACCAGUACCAUCUGACGGAUGAUGAGAGCAGCUUUGAGCAGAAGGACACUGAGGAGGACCACCGAGGUCUGAGCAGUGUUGACAAAGAAACUGCAGAGCCUGAAGAAAACAAGACGGGGAUGGCUGAAGCAACGAAGAUGAUGGACGAGCCCCAGAUUGAAGGGAGGGGAAUGGACGAUGAAGAGGAGAGAGCCAAGGAACUAGAGGAGCUGCUGGCAGAGGAGAUCACCAAGAAAGCCAAAGAUGAGAGGAACAAUAAGGAGCUGGAAGAACUGCUAAAAGAGAUUAAAAAGAAGCGCUAUGAAGCAGUGAAGGAGAGGGAGACGCAGAGGAGCUCUGGAUCGGAGCAGAAGAAGGAGGCGGAGGAUGAAAAGACGGAGCUGGACAAGAACAAGGAAGAAGAAGGAGAGGACCUGGAGAAGCGAGGGAUGGCCGAGUCGGAGCUGAUGAUGGAGAAGGAAAAAGUGGAGAAGGAGCUGAGCGAGAUGCUGAAGGAGCAGGACAGCAGGAGCAAACCGGAGAAGGAGAAGGAGAGGAAGGAGAAGCAGGAGGAGCUGGACGAGCUAGUCAAAAAGAUGAAAUGGAUACAAGAGCAGGAGGUGCAAGGUACGAAGGAGGACGGCUCCGAUGAAGCCAAGGAGGAGAAAGACUCUGAAGAGGAGAAGCAGGAGGUGAUGGAGCUGAAGGAGCCGCAGCAGAAGAGAGUGAUGGAGAAGGCCAGCGAUGAGGCCACGCGACAGUUUGAGCGGGAGAGGUACAACCAGGAGGAGGAAGAAGAAAACGAGGACGAUGAGGAGUAUGUCAGACAGGAGGAUGAGGAUGAAGAUGAAGAUGAUGAGGAUAACGCUGAGGAAGGUGAAGGGGAGGAGCUGCUGGAGAUUGAAGCUGAGCUGCGUAAAGUUGCUGCAGAGCUUCGGGAGCUUCGCAGAGGAUAAGACGCCCCCCCUCACCCGCAGCGGCGGACGCUCCCUGUUGUACACUUGGUUCACACAUCUUCCAGCUAACACCUCUCACAAUCUCUGAAAGCUCAGAAGACAUGGGAACAGAAUGUGUAUAUAUGUUUGUCUGCCGUCUGAGCUGAAAGUGUCUUUAGGAGAAAUGAGGCAAUUUUCUUCAGACUCUAACCCCCCACCCCAUGUCUUUAGUAUCGUGAAUAGGAUUUGUAGGCCAGACAGGGUCUGUCUCUUCUGUUGCACUUUUACAAACUCUUGCACUUUCAUUGUAACUGACUGUAGAUUGUUUUCCAGCCACUGAGGAGUCGACAGUUCUGCUCUUUAGUGUCUUUGUUGGGGGAAUCCCUGUUAUAGUUGAUAAAAAAAAAAAAAGUGCAAUAUUCUCUCCAGCGCUUUCUGCUAAUCUGACUGUUAACCCGUCCUUCUGAUCCCUCUAACGCCGCCGAUGGUCUCCUCUCCCACCAUUGAUCUAUAGAAGUGGAUUCUUUCAUUUGGCUCACGCACUGUUAAAACUAGACUGUUGAGAGGAACCCAAGUGACACGAGCCAAAGCGGAUUGUCCUUCUGGACAGCGUUGCUUAAGUCAGAUGUUAAAUUUGUCUUUUGCGUGGUUGGAAGCCAGAGAAUGUCAUGUUCUCAGAGCUUACAAGGUCUAAAAGUGUCACUCCAGGUUCUGAAGCCAGCUUUGCACUCUUAACUAACCAAGCCAAGGAGGAGUGAAGGGGAGGAGCAGGACACUAAAGCCAUUUUCUUGUUGCUAGGUAACAUCAACAGUAACUCUUAAAAAAAAAUAAAAAUACUGAUUUUUGUCAUCUAAUUUUUGUAGCAUGUAUGUGAUUUUUAGGCCAAGAUUGUAAGAAAUAUAACAGAACAGCGCCCCCACGAGUACACAUCAGUACCUGCACUCAGUGCAGGGUUUUUAAUGGUGGCCCAUUUGCUGCAAUAAAUUAUAGAUAAAAGCACAUAUGAAUGCAAUAAAUAGCCAAAUUAUUGUGUAAUGUAUUUUAAUAUAUAAAGGUUUUUAUACAAAAAUACUCUCCCUUUGUUUAACCGAAGAAGAAACGCAGACGAAUAAAAGGUACGAUGAGCCAGAACAGAGACGCUCAUGAGUUUGUUCCAAUCAGAACAUGUUUGUCCACUUUGUGUAGUUCUACAAAGCACUGUUGUUGUUUUGUAUACUAGAUUUGUGUCAAAUGUUUCCACUUAAUGCAACACAAACCAGCAGGACAGAGGAAGGGGUCAUUCUAAACCUAAUCUGAACUCAAAGGACAGAGAAAACAAAUGUACUGACCGGAGGAUGAUAUUUACUGUACGUGGUGCCUGCUGGAUCCUCUUCUGUUCUUGUUGCUUAAUAAACAGUGAGUCUUAAA